AUGGCGCUGCCUAGUCGAGGAAGCUUCAGCUUGAACACGCUGGGCGGCGGUCUGACGAGUAGCAGCGCCCACGCCAUGCCCGGUAUCCUGUACAGCUGCUUGUUGGAGGAGCAGGACAACACGAUGGACGAGAUUUUGUAUCUGGGCACCUUCACGAUGGGUGGACGGUCCCUAGCGAGUCGUCGAAUGAGCGCGAACGUGGCGCUGUGGAAGUGGCGGAUUUUCAUGCUCACGACGACCGAGAUGCUGUGCUUUAAGGCCACAGGCUCCAUCCCUGAGGAGGAUUCGGCUUCCAUGUCGGCGAUGGCGUUGGGAGAGGUGCGCUCGUCGGUUCAUCUGUCGGGUAUUCUGCACAUUGAAGUCAACGAUCAGUUCCCACGGAUUCUCACAGUCAUCCGCUCGGAUAAACGAGUGUUCAGGGUACGAGCGCGUACGCUGGAGCAGUGUACGGAGAUCGCUGUGACCCUGCGGAAGGCCAUGCAGCUCUUCCAGGACGCCCUCUUCAAGCUUCAGCGUGGGCCCCAACCGGAAGAUACUUCCAUCAGCUGCGUGACCGUGGGGGAAGCCUUCCAAGUGGAUGUGGUGUAG